AAAAUCUCAUUCUUUCAUAUCAUAAAUUGGCGGGCAAAAUGAACUGAGCAACAACAAAGAAAGUAGACACUCAGACAUCGUUGCACACAAUUGCAAGAGAAGCACGGCAAGAUGGUGCAAUGUCUCGCACGACUCAACCGUGUUGGCCGCCCUUUUUUCACCACUACCACUCGCUUCCUACACGCCAUAACAGUAGACAAAUACCCAGAAUUGCUUGAACACUGCAUUCAAACCAAAUCACUUAAACAUGGCAAAAUCAUUCAUCAACAUUUUCUAAAGAAUUACAACUACCAUGUCAAUGGAAGUUCUGUUGUAAUCGAAAAGCUCACUCGUUUUUAUCUUAUUUGUGGGCGGUUAAGUAUUGCACGCCACGUGUUUGAUGAAAUUCCUGAACCAACUGUUGUUUUGUGGAAUUUGAUGAUCCGGGCUUAUUCUUGGAAUGGACCCUUUGAUGCUUCCAUUGAUUUGUACUCUCAAAUGAUUGUUUCUGGGAUUCUUCCUAACAAUUAUACCUUCCCUUUUGUUCUUAAGGCAUGUUCGGGUUUGAAUGCUAUAGAACGUGGUGAAGAGAUUCAUAGUCAUGUACUCCGACUUGGGUUUGACUCGGAUGUGUAUGUUUCCACUGCUUUGGUUGAUUUGUAUGCCAAGUGUGGAGAGCUGGCUCGAGCGGAGAAUGUGUUUUAUGGUAUGUCGUGUAGGGAUAUUGUGGCUUGGAAUGCCAUGAUUGCUGGUUUUUCUGUUUAUGGGUUUUAUGAUGAUAUGAUCAGAUUGGUUGUUGAUAUGCAGGAAGCAGGAAUUAGCCCCAACUCCUCGACUGUUGUGACUAUAUUGCCGGCAGUUGCUCAGGCUUGCUCCUCGAGUCAUGGGAAGGAGAUCCACGGUUAUUCUGUGAGGCGGGGUUUUACCAAUGCGGUUAUGGUGGGCACAGGGCUUGUUGAUAUGUAUGGAAAAUGUGGAUGCAUUUCUUACGCGAGGAUAACCUUUGACUUGUUGAGUUUAAGGAAUGAAGUCACUUGGAGUGCCAUGAUUGGUGGAUAUGUUGCAUCUGAUCAGAUGAGAGAAGCCUUGAAACUGUUCAACCAUAUGUUGCUCAAGGAGGCAGGAAGUCCAUCACUGGUAACUCUUUGUUGUGCUGUUCGAGCUUGCACGAAGCUGAUUGAUCUUGCUAAUGGGAGAAGGAUCCAUGGAUACAUUUUGAAGUCAGGGUAUCUUUCUGAUUUGAUGGUUAGCAAUACAACUCUUUCUAUGUAUGCAAAGUGUGGUAUAUUAGAUGAUGCUGUCAAGUUUUUUCAAGAGAUGAAUCCAAUAGAUAGAGUCUCUUAUGGUGCCAUGAUUUCUGGUUCUGUGCAAAAUGGAAGCAGUCUGCAAGGAUUGAAGUUCUUCAGGAACAUGCAGUCUUCAGGAAUUGAUCCAGAUGAGGCUACUAUGCUUGCCUUGCUACCAGCUUGUUCGCAUUUGUCUGCUUUAAAAUAUGGAGCAUGUUCUCAUGGAUAUUCUGUAAUCCGUGGUUUUGUGUCUGAUACUUCAAUCUGUAAUGCGCUAAUUGAUAUGUAUGCAAAGUGUGGAAAGAUCAGAACUGCCAGGGAAGUAUUUAAUAGGAUGCAUAAACGUGAUAUUAUCUCAUGGAAUUCUAUGAUUGCUGGCUAUGGUAUCCAUGGCCUUGGCUCAGAUGCACUUGCUCUGUUCAGUGAACUAAGAACUGAAGGUCUGAUGCCAGAUGAUAUAACAUUCAUCAGUCUUUUGAUUGCUUGUACUCACGCAGGCCUUGUUACAGAAGGUAAAUACUGGUUCGAUGCUAUGGUCCGAAAAUUUCAGAUUGCCCCUAAGGUUGAUCAUUGUAUAUGCAUGGUUGAUCUCUUGGGUCGGGCAGGUCUUCUGGAAGAGGCUAAAAAUUUCAUUGACAAAAUGCCAUGCACGCCCAAUGUUCAUGUCUGGAGCGCCUUGCUUGCUGCAUGUAAAAUCUACAAGGAUGUUGAGUUGGCUGAAGAAGCAGCUAAGAGAAUCCACAGUUUGGGUUCUGAAAGUUCUGGCAAUUUUGUGCUUUUGUCAAAUAUAUAUAGUUGUGCAGGGAGAUGGGAAGAGGCGGCUUCUGUAAGAAUCACGCAGAGCGAUCAGGGCUUCAAGAAAAGACCAGGAUGUAGCUGGGUAGAGAUAAAUGGAAAAAUUCACGCAUUCAUCGGUGGGGACAAUUCACACCCACAAUCGGAACAAAUUUAUAAAAAAUUGGAGGAAUUGCUCACAGAGAUUAAAAAGUUUGGAUAUCAGGCUGUCCCAAGUGUUGUAUUCCAGGAUGUUGAGGAGGAAGAAAAGGAGCAUAUUCUUCUUUAUCAUAGUGAAAAGUUAGCUAUUGCAUAUGCUACAAUUAGUUUGAGCCCAAGCCAGCCUAUUUUUGUUACCAAGAACUUGCGGGUUUGUGGUGAUUGUCAUGAGGCCAUUAAGCAUAUCACUCUUGUCACUAAGAGGGAGAUAACAAUUAGGGAUACCAGUCGAUUUCACCAUUUUAGAGAUGGUGUAUGCAGUUGUGGAGAUUAUUGGUAGCCCUUUUGAAAAGGUAAUGCAUAGUAGUGCACCUCCUUCUGACUAGAGAUAUCUGUUCUUUGUUCUCCUAAUGGGCAAAACCAGGGGUAUAUCUUAGCUGAAGAGUUCGUACUUCAUAUACAGACGUUAGUAAUGAAUGGUUCAGUACAUCAAAAUAAAACAAUGUCCUCUAAAAGUCCCUUGGCUGUUGUAUUGUAGGAUGUUUUGUACAAGGAUGUACACGUGGCUAUGCUUAUGGAAACUAUAGGUUUACCGCAGAAAUGCUUUUCAUUUAUGGAGUUAUAUAGUGGUGCUUAUGAUGGAAUGAAGAAGGAACAAGCUCAAGAACUAUUUGAGAAAAUGCUCGAGGAGGGUGAAAGGAUGGAAGUAUAGCUAUAAGAACAAAAUGGAGGUUGGACUACUCUGCAGUCUGCAGUUAGGUGAAUUGAAAUGUAGUGUAGAUGAACCAUGUACACCCUAUCUUUUGUAUCAGUUGGCGAGUAAAAAAUGAAUGAAGCGCGAUCCUAGCAAAUUAGCAAUAGAUCAGGCAAUUAAGGGGUGUGUAUCGAGUUUGACUAUAAGAAUUACAGGCUUUGGUAUAAAUAGAGAAAAUUGGAGCUUCUCUGAGCAGGGAUUUUGUUAUAUUGAUUUAUUUUGGGAUCCAUUUCAACCUCGACUACUCCUUGAGAUGAUAAUGGAUAUAGAGAUUUGACAACUACAACUAAAAGAUUGUAAAUUAAU